CGUUGGACACCGUGAGAUAUUUCCAAUCCUCUCUCAGCCCCUGGACAGUCAGCACACUUCCUCAGACUGACCCCCACACACACACAUGCAUGUGUGUUUUUUAGGAGCAUUCACAGAGAGCCUCCUCCAGGCGGAUGACCAAAGUAUUUGUGACGCCACACUGGCUCAGUGAACGUCCUUUGCAUUUCUUCACCUCUUGUUGAUGCUUCUUGGCUGCAGUUUGCAUGAGACUCUUGCAAACGAUAUGAGGAAUAUAUUUUCUAAAUGACAAAGAGAAUCUAGUGGUGAAGGAGAGCAGAAAUGGGAGGAAAGCAAUCAAAGAAUAUACCAGACAAGGAGUUGAAUCAAUCUGGAAGAAAGAGCGCUGCUCAAGAUGAAAACCUUCCGACAAUCGACUGGAUCCGUAAGCACACAAUCAGACACUUCGGCUACAACGUGCUCAGUUUGGCUCGCCGUGGAAUGGUUGAACUUCCAGAGGAUUUAUGGGAGCUAACAGAACUUCAAAAACUUAACUUAUCGCUUAACGUCCUGCGAUUCAUGCCGUCCUCUUUGGGUUCACUGCAGAAUCUGGUGGUGCUCAAUCUGUGGGGGAAUCAGCUAACCAGCUUGCCUCCUGAAAUCGGCCAACUCAGGAACUUGAAGGUUCUCUUUGCGUACCGCAACCAUUUAAGCGAAGUUCCUGAAGAACUGGGCUGCUGCACGAAACUGGAGGUGUUGAGUCUGGCCAAUAACCAGCUCACUGGACUCCCAGUGUCCUUGUCGGCCCUCACCGGACUGAGAAAGCUUAACCUGAGUCACAAUCAAAUUACUUAUAUACCUGGGUGUGUGUACACCAUGAAGAACCUUGUGUUUUUGCAGCUGGCCUGCAAUAGACUUGAAAACAUCGCCGAUCAGAUCCAAGCAUUGGCCAACCUGAAGAUCCUCAUCAUAGAGGGCAACUGCAUUCACUCACUUCCCAAGAUGCUCUGCUGUCUCACCAAGCUGGAGCUUCUGAAUGUGGACUUUAAUGAUAUUCAAAAUGUGCCGGAGGAGAUGCAUCAGUUGAGACGUCUGGAGAAGUUGGCAUGCCACCCGCUGGAUAAAGGUCUCCAUAUUAUGCACAAUCCCCUUCUGAAGCCCAUCAAAGACGUUCUGGAUGGAGGUCUCCAAGCGCUCUACAGCUAUCUGAAGGCUACGUGAAAAACAAUAGAGGGGUUUUGGAAUAACCUGAUUGAAGGACUCUCAUUGAGAAUAAUUAAGAAGAAAUGUACAUUAGCCUACUAUUCUGAAUUUUUGAUAGCAAUGUAAAGUCAUCAAAGUAUAUCUUUUUUAUCAUAUAAUAUCAUUAACUGAUAUUUACGAAAUAUAUAAUUUCAUCUGAAAAUGGCUUAAUUUAAAAAAAGUACAAAAUGAAAGAUUUUCUGAAGAGUGACUUUAGGUGUAUUUGAACGAGAGCUUCAAAACAAAGACAAUCACGGACUUCAAAAGAGGGUCGUAAAGUCACACAAAUAUCUCUCCGAGCCAGUGAAAGUCGCUCAUAUUGAAAUCUUCCGUUCUGUGUGGCGGUAUUGAGAUCUGAGACACUUAUUGAGAGGGCAUGUUCAAGGCUUUACAGGAGGACAUUAAACAAAGCAACACCAAGCUUAACAAGCAACGAUUUCCUCUUUCCUUUGUGCGGUUCCUUGUGAGCUCUGACACGCUCAUCUCUGAUUCUCACCUCGAUCUGCAAAAAGCCCCUUGAGAGAAAGACUUGCAGAUGUAGCCAAACACCAUAGUACAAACAGAGUAAAAGCACCUCCAUUACUGUGAGAGGAAGGUCAGCUCGAGUCCCUGACCUCUUUAUUGAACAAGUUCUGUUUGUUUUGCUGGAAAUGAGUUCUGCUGCGCUCAGACAGAAGAACCGCUUUGAUGAUUUAUUGUGUUUCUUAUGUCAAAGACUAGAUUCAAAGAGCUUUAAAGCUUUUAAAGUUGUGUCGUUUUGAUGUUAUUAGAGAAAUAGAGAAAUAUAUGUGAGACACAUUUGAAGAAAAGUAUGAUUUUUAAGUACUCUUUGAAUAAUUCAUGCUCAUGUAAAAAUAUUCGACACUCUAAAUCCGUAUCACUAAGCUUUUUUCUAUCAAGAAAUAAAGACCACUACAUAAAAUGUACUAUGGUCUCUGGCAAACUAGACCUUCAGCACAAUAGCGCCAUCUUUCAUUUCUGACGGGAAUGAAAAGGACGUUGUGAGAGAUGGACUUUCCGUCUGUUCAAUGACACGCGCUGUAUCAUGCUGUAACAAGCUCCUGGUACACAUCUAAUGUUGUCUGGAGAUCGUCUGAAAACUAUUUUUCCAAUGUUUUGUCAGUGGAACGAUCUCAAAUCACUUUAAACAACUGUAAACCCGAUUGAAGUGACUGUACGUCCAUCCCUCACAGCCUCGGUGUCAUUCCCGCCAAAAUCAAAGAUGGCGCUAUAAGCUCUACAGUUAAAACUGUGUAAUAUUAUGAUUUUAAUGGUGAACUGUGUAAAUAUUAUAACUUGAUAUUAGCCACCACUGUUCAGAAGAGAUCCAAUAGUAGGCCUAUUAACAAAUGUGACUUGGGUUGUUACCAUUUUAUUUGUGUUAAGGAGCAUAUUAAGUCUUAAUCUUGAUUCAUGUUUUUGAUUUUUUAUGAGAGCAGAUGUGCACAGUGAGGCUAUUUCUCUCUCUUUUUAAUACAAUAA